AUGGAGGACGCAAACGAUCCCAGUACGAUCACGACAAGGCUUUUGACUCUCCUCAAUGUAUCUGCAACCAAGUCGCUCAAAAGAAGGCGUCUGUACGAUGAAGUCGUGACUCCAGUGAAACUCAACAAACGCAAAUCUGUUCGCAUUGCAGAAGACAUCAUAGUUAGCAUUCCCUUACAACCUGAGAAGGGUCAAGAAACCGUGUCUGACACAAAAACGGACCAAAAAACCCCCCAAGAAGGAGAUAUUGUACAGUCGGAAGAAGAUGGAAAGGAUGACGAGCCCAGUUCGAGUUCGCUUCAACUGCACUUUGGCCCAGAUAGUGUAGUUCUAACUGAAAGUGCGCGAACUUCUACUGAAAACAGGAGCUGGGUUGUAUCCAAGGAUAAGAAAGAACAACUCGGGAUUGUCGCGGAAUAUCGACCAGAGACUCAUCCCAAGGACAUGUUGGGGACGUCAUCGCUCACAGAAAAGCUGAUGUCACAGCACAAAAAGCAGCAAGAAAAGUUACCAAAUGAACUCAAAUUAUUGCAGGAUUGUCUUCUUGUUGAGAUCUCCGCAUACCAAGACUUCCAUUUUCCGCGUUUGAAUCACGAGAGACAUCCUGCUGUUCGGAAUGUCGUCACUCUUCACGCUCUAAAUCAUGUCAUGAGAAAGCGACGUCGAAUUCUGAAGAAUAAUGAACGCCUCGCCCGAGCGGCGAAAGAGUCAUCUGAACCGGAGGUCUUAGAGAUCCGCGAUCAGGGCUUCACUCGACCUUCGGUUCUCAUCAUCGUGCCUUUUCGCUCUUGGGCACUCAGUUGGAUUGAGUCUUUCACGAGUCAUGCGCCCAAACCUGAAUUUCAAGUCGAGAAUCAUGCCCGAUUUUUGUCGGAGUACGCCUUACCUCCGAGUGCUGUGGAUAAGCUCGAAGCAGCACCACCCGGAACAUAUCCGCCUGACCAUGUCGAUAUGUUCAAGGGGAAUAUCGAUGACAGUUUCCGAUUAGGCGUGAAGUUUACGCGGAAGAGCGUCAAGUUGUUCUCGGACUUCUACCAGAGUGAUGUGAUCAUCGCGAGUCCUUUGGGAUUGCGGUUGUCUAUUGAAAAAGAAAAAAAUGCCGACUUCCUUUCAUCUAUCGAGAUUUUGGUCCUCGAUCAGAUGAAUGCACUAAGCAUGCAGAAUUGGGAACAUUUGCAGUUUGUAUUGUCAAAUCUGAAUACCCUUCCUAAAGAGACUCGGGACACCGAUUUUUCGAGGAUUAAACCUUGGUAUCUUGACGGACACGCGUGUUAUCUGCGACAAACAAUCAUGCUGUCUCCAUUUGAGACUCCAGAGUUUAGACAUGUAUUCAACGAUCUAAAGAAUGUGGGUGGAAAAAAGAAGGUCGAAGGCCCUUAUGCUCCCGUUCAGGUGCCAGAAGGUAUAUCGCAGUCAUUCACUAGCUUUGAGUGCAGCAAUCACAAGGAAGAGGCAGAUAAGCGGUUUGAACAUUUCGGCACGAAGCUGUUCCCUGCAGUCUUGAAGUCCGCUGUGCAAAGCACAAAUACACUCAUUUUCGUACCCUCUUCAUAUGAUUUUAUCCGGGUAGAGAAUCAUCUGCGAAAGUCUGGUGUAUCCUUUGUGGUACUCUCAGAAUAUUCAUCAAAUCAGGAUAUUUCGCGUGCACGUCAAGCAUUCUUCUCUGGCAAGAAAGCUUUCUUGCUUAUAAGCGAAAGAUUUCAUUUCUUCCGAAGAUACAAGCUGCGCGGAAUACGCAACCUUAUCUUCUACGGCUUACCCGAUCACACACAGUUUUACACUGAGCUUCUCUCCUUUCCUUUCCUCGACGAUGGUGUGGAGGCAUCUGAUGUUACCUGUCGGGCGCUCUUCUGUAAAUAUGAUUGGAUGCGGCUGGAAAGGAUCGCGGGAACAGAAGGAGCUCUGAAGCUGCUACGGAACGCGUAGAUCAGUCUUCCUUGAGCGCUAAGGGUAUCCAUCCUCGUUCGGGAGGGUUGUAUGCGAUCAUCCCUCUGUAAUGAGAUUUACUACUUUGUCCUGUGUUUUAUUUUCGUACAUAUAUCAUUCAUGCUAUUACUGGCAUGCGUUAA